AUGCCAGUCCAGAAUAACUUCCAAACCUCCCCACCGCAAGAAGAAGGCCUCUUCAACGCAGCCCCAAGCAUAAACCCACCCCCCACACCAGCAACAAAAGACUACAAACUAAACCACCUAGCCAUCCGCAUCCAAGACCCAGCCCGCUCUCUCCACUUCUACAUCGACCUCCUCGGCAUGCGCAUCAUCUUCACCAUGAACGCCGGCCCCUUCACAAUCUAUUACCUCGGCCACCCGCCCGCAGACGCAAAGACGGAAGAUGAUAUCACCGCGUGGGCACGGCAAACGAGCGAGAUCCCCACCAUGACGAGGACGAGUGGGCUGUUGGAGUUGUAUCAUAUGCAUGGAACGGAGGAUGGUGGGGCGGGUGUGUCGACGGGGAAUGAGCCCCCGCAUCUUGGAUUCGCACAUCUGGGGUUUACGGUUCCUGAUGUCGCUGCUGCUGUGCAGAGGCUGCGGGAUGGUGGAGUGACGAUUCUGAAGGACGUGGGUGUUUGUUCGAGGGAGUCGGUGCCGCUUUCGGGGUGGGAGGAGGAGAGGGGGAUCGGGCGUGGAGAGAUUCAUGGGAAUUAUGCGGCGUUUUUUGAGAAGUUUGCUAUGAUUGCUGAUCCGGUGAGAUUGAGAUACCUUUCCUUGACAUAG